AUGGCGGACUUCUUCUCACAGGUGUUGGUCGCGCAUUCUGUUCUACUUUUCUCAUUUCUACAGGUUCUGUUUGAUUGGUUUCUUCCUGAUGAUGUUGAUCGGAGUGAUGUACGCCUGCUGCCGGCAGAGUUUGGACUGUCUCUUGGUCUAGUUCUGAUUGGAGUCAUCGUCCUCUACUGUCGACAUAGGAAAAUAAAGACAACACAUCCGACAAAUUCCCGAGCAGCAGUCUACGCUGUCGGUAUAUCUUUUACGGAGCCACUGACAAAGGAAACAUUCGUUCACUUCAGCGAAGCGGAAACUCGCACAGUGCUCAUACCGAGCGUCAUCUUCCCCUGCCAUGACACCUACAACUCGCCAGGUGGCGCAACUGCAUUUGACAGCACUGGAUACAAUGGAAAGAAGUCGAGCUCCAAGAUUACCAGACUUUGA